AUGGCGCCCGAGCUUGACCACCAGAAGACGGGGACGAGGCCGUCUUCAUCCCCAAUAUCUGCCGCCUUUUUCUGUCCGCAGAGCCGCGCGCCAAGCCCAGAGUACCUCGACGGCUUGCACGCCUUCCUGGCCCGCCACCACCACGGUCAAGCCCUCCUUGGAGAAGUUGCUAGCUUAGGGACCGAUGGGACGUGGGCGUUAUUCUCCGCCGCGAGCGGCGGCGUGCGGUCUCUCGCCGAAGGGCCUCGGUAUCUCGGCCUGUUCAAAGACUGGGCUGUUCACGGGGUGUCGGCGCCCCUUGCCGUGGUGCGUUCCGGGAUUGUAGCGCUCCCGCUGCUGGCCAUUGUCCAGAUCGGCCAGUAUCUGCGCUACCUGGAAGCCCACGGUCUCUCACAUCAACAGUUUCUGGCCCAUGUGGGACGUUUCGGCGGGGGGCUGCAGGGCUACUGCGGCGGGCUGCCGGCAGCCGUCGCCAUUGCCUGUGCGAAGGACGAAGCCGAGGUCGUCAGGCAUAUGGCGGCCAUUCUGCGCAUUCUCGUCGGAGUAGGGGCCUAUGCCGAGGCGGCAGACGACACGCGGGACGAGGACGGGUCCACAACGCUGGCGCUCCGCCUCAAGUACGAAGGCCAGGGCGAGGAUUUGACUAGCCGCUUCCCCGGAACCCACGUCUCUGCCAUCACAGAGCCGAGGUCCAUCAGCAUUGUCGGGUCGGCGGGCACGCUGGACCGGCUGUAUCGCUUCGCCCGGGACCAGGGACUGCAGGUGCAGAAGAUGGAGGUUCGUGGCAAAGUGCACAAUCCUGAUAACGCACAACUUGCCGCCGAUCUAUGUCGGAUUUGCCACGAGACGCCCUCCCUGCAACUUCCCGAGGCUGCCAUGCUGCAGGUCCCCGUGAGGUCGAACAGGACAGCUUUGACGCUCCAGCAUGGCUCGAUGACCGAGGAGAUCGUCACCACCAUUUUGGCAUCUCGAUGCGAGUGGUUUAACCUCCUCAGCGAGGUAGCUCAGGAUCUAAAGCGGUCAGCGCAGACUGAGCAUUCAGUCGUCGUUUUUGGUCUGACGGACUGCGUGCCCCUGAGUCCGUUCCACAAAGAAAGCCUCCGGAUCAACAAGAUGGAAGCGCACAGCCUGAUACAUGUACAGCGAGAUGGAGACAUCGUAAACAAGAGGCGCUCUGCCAUACAACCGCCUCCAGAACUACCAGAAGAUGCAAUUGCCAUAAUCGGGGCGUCCUGCCGUCUUCCGGGGGCCAACGACCUGGACGAACUGUGGGACCUUAUCUCUCAGGGGCUGGACUGCCACCGCGAGGUGCCCACCGACCGCUUCGACCUGCCGGGCAGCUUCCGCGCAUCACAAACCCCCAACUUUGCACACAGCCGCAAGUUCUACGGUAACUUCCUCGACGACAUCAAGCGCUUCGACAACGCCUUCUUCAAAAUAUCCGCCCGCGAGGCGGCCAGCAUGGACCCGCAGCAGCGCAUGCUGCUUGAACUCUCCCACGAAGCCCUUGAAUCCGCCGGCUACCUUUCCACACACUUCCGCGAGCAAGGUGACAACGUGGGCUGCUUCAUCGGCGCAAGUUUCGUCGAGUACCUCGACAACACCAGCGCGCACGCACCAACGGCCUUCACCUCGACGGGCACCAUCCGGGCUUUCCUCUGCGGCCGCAUCAGCUAUCAGUAUGGUUGGUCUGGCCCGGCCGAGGUGCUCGACACAGCGUGCUCGUCAUCUCUAGUAGCAAUCCACCGCGCGUGCAGGGCCGUUCAGGGAAGGGAAUGCCGCAUGGCGCUGGCUGGGGGGAUCAACCUCAUCACGGGGGUGCACAACUACCUGGACCUGGCCAAGGCCGGGUUUUUGUCGCCCACAGGGCAGUGCAAGCCGUUUGAUGCCGCUGCGGAUGGGUACUGUCGGUCUGACGGCGCCGGGCUGGUGGUGCUGAAGGGGCUCAGGGACGCCAUAGCCGACGGGGAUCAAGUGAUGGGUGUGAUUGCUGGCGCCGCAACUAACCAGGGCGGCCGGUCGUGUUCUAUUACGGUGCCCCAGCCGAGCGCGCAGCAGGCGCUGUACCGGACGGUGCUGGAGCGGGCAGGUGUCAGGCCCGAACAUGUUACGUAUGUCGAGGCGCACGGCACGGGCACUCAGGCGGGCGAUCCGCUUGAGAUGGAGAGCAUCCGCGCCGUUCUGGCUGGCAGGGACAGUAGUGAUACCCGGGGGGCUCUGAUCCGCAAAGAUACACUGACUGUUGGCUCGAUCAAGGGAAACAUUGGCCACUGCGAGACGGCGGCAGGCGUUGCGGGUCUGCUCAAGGUGCUAGCCAUGCUCAAGCACGGCAAGAUCCCGCCGCAGGCCAGUCACAGCCGGCUCAACCCCAAGAUCCUGCCCCUGGAGCCCGACGGGAUCACCAUUGCGCGGAGUCUGCAGGGCUGGGAUGUUCCCUUCCGCGCGGCGCUUGUCAGCAGCUACGGCGCGGCCGGGUCGAAUUGUGCCGUGCUCUGCUGCGGUAUGGUGCCAGCCCAGGGCCAAGAUGUGGUGGAGUGGGGUGGUAUGAAGGAGAAGAAAUCGAGGUACCCCGGGGUGGGUUAUGCCCAGCCAUAUUCGACGACAACUUAUCCAAGUGAUUCCCUGUGCUUCCCCCUUCAUGUGAGCGCCGCUUCGGAACAAAGCUUGCAGGAGAAUGCCCGCAAACUGGCGGCGUAUUUGCGUCGCACGGCGGGUCAGGUUUCGUUGCUGAAUAUCGCGUACACCCUGAACGAGAAGAGGCAGCGGUUCAAGUACUUGGUCAGCAUCACAGCCAGCACGGUGCAGGAGGCUGCCGCUCAACUCGAUAACAUCGCCAAAUCUCCAGGUCCUGACACACCAUCAGCUUUCCAGCUCCCAGCAACCACCAAACCCUCCGUUCUCGUCUUCAGCGGCCAAAGUGACCGUGCUGUCGGUCUCGACCGGUCGUAUUACUUCUCAUACCCCAUCUUCCGAGCAUACAUCGACGCCUGCGAUCACGAGCUCACGGAACUAGGCUACAAGCCCAUCAUCCCUUCCAUCUUCCAGACCAAGGAAGAACCCAUCAACGACAUCUCCACACUACAAUGUGGCGUCUUUGCCGUGCAGUACGCGUGCGCCCGCAGCUGGAUGGAUGCGGGCCUCAGACCAAAAGCCCUGGUCGGGCACAGUCUAGGCGAGCUGACGGCGCUUGCUGUAUCGGGGGUACUCUCGUUGCGCGACGCCCUGAAGCUGGUUGCCGAGCGCGGGCGGCUGGUCGAGACAAAGUGGGGUGCGGAAAAGGGGGCGAUGCUUGCUUUGCAGGGCUGUGACGUUGAGGGAUUUUACAAGAUAUCCCGGCUGGUACUGGAAAGGGGUCACAAACUGGAAAUUGCCUGCUACAACGGCCCAACCUCGCUCGUUGCCGUGGGCACCUCCGCCGCCGUGGCCGCAGCUGAAGAGACACUUCGCAGGGAGCCGGGCCUUUCUGGGAUCCGAUUCCAGCGGCUCGCCACCAGUCACGGCUUCCACUCGGUGCUGGUCGACCCGAUCCUGCCUGACCUGGCGGCCGUUGGCGCCUCCCUGACGUGGCACGAGCCGGCUAUCCCGCUCUACACCUGCACCGCGGAGCCGCUGGGAUCUGUAAAGGAGGGGUAUGACGUUUGCCGACACGCGCGCGCGCCCGUCUUUUUCUCUGAAGCGGUCCAGAGAGUUGAGGACGCACUCGGCCCCUGUGCCUGGCUCGAAGCGGGCAUCGAUUCGCCCGUGAUUAACAUGGCCCGGCGAGCUGCCAAGGAGCCGGAUGCCCACACAUUCCAAGCCAUGAAGACACCAACAAAGGGAUCUUCCGUCCCUGCCAACGCCGUUGGAGAGGUUGUCGCAUCCCUCUGGAGAAGCGGCGUGUUCCUGUCGCACUGGAGAUUCCUUCCCGUGCCCAACGAUGAUAACCUCCCCGGGGCCAGGGAGUGCAAGCAGAUCUGGCUACCGCCGUACCAGUUCCAGCGCACGCCGCAUUGGCUGGACAACAUUGACCGCGCAGCCGAGGCGUUCAAAACCGCCGCCGUUGCCUCAGUCCCUGAAACAAAACCACCACCGCCACCACCACUCGUCUCAAGAAAACCAAGCCUAAGCAAUUCCCAACAAGGAGUCGCCGAGUUCACCAUUAACACGCAGAGCCCACGCUUCCAGGAGCUCGUGGCCGGCCACGCGGUGCGCUCCCGCCCGCUCUGUCCGGCAUCCGUCUACGCCGAGUGCGCGACCAUGGCGGCGCAGCAGCUCCUCUCUGCACCAGGGAGUCAAGGGACUCAAGAGGGAAUGGGGCUUGUCCUGGAACAGGUCCGCUUUCUUUCUCCCCUGGGCGCGUCACCACAAGGUGGAGGGGAGGUCACGCUGCGGUUGGAACAGACCAACAGCCUUGAGAGUGGUGAUGGGAGUUCAAGGGCAUGGACCUUCUCCAUUAGCACCCACCAACAACAACAACCCAAAAGCAAACCUAUCGUCCACGCCACAGGCCGCAUCUCCCUCCCUUCAUCCCCCACAAGUAGUACCAGUGAGCUAACAACCCUCGCCCGGCUGCUCACCACCUCCCUUUCCAACCUAUCCACCUCUCCCGACGCAGACCGUUUGCAAUCCACCCGAGCCUACACACUCUUUUCCCGCGUAGUCACAUACGCGCCCUUUUUCCGCGGCAUGUGCUGCGUAACCCUGCUCGAUAAGACCGGCGAGGCCGCUGCGACAGUCGCCCUACCUCCCGGUGUACCCCAGCCUGGGAGAGAGGACGGUUCCCCUCAGGCUGCCUGGCGGACGUGUGAUGCUGUGUUGGUGGAUGCGUGGAUUCAAGUUGCUGGGCUGCUGGUUAACAGUAAUGAUGAUAAUGAGGGGGAGGUGGCGGUCAUGACUGGCCUGGAUAGGGCUGUUAUUUCCCCCGAUGCAUGCAGUUCUUCCAAUGGUGAUGAAGGGAAGGGGGAGAGGGAGAUGAAAGUUUAUGUCAAGGUGGAUGGUGAUGGUAGCAAUGGAGAUGGGGCUGGGAGGGGAGAAAUUGUUGGGGAUGUGGUUGUUUUUGACUCGAAAUCGGAAGGGCGGCAGGGAUCAAGAGUGGUGGCUGCGCUAUGCGGGUGUCGGUUUGCACGGGUGCCUGUGGCCAAGCUCGAAAUGAUGCUGGAUUUGGCUGGUUCCGGGUCCGGGGGAAGUAUGAUGAACUCGCGGGUGAAGGAUGCUGCUGCUGCUGCUGCUGAUGGCACCAGCUCGAGUACGCCCACCGAGGCGUCGGCCUCGUCGUUCAACCCGACUCCUGCGAGUACUCUGACUCCGGCCGAGUCCGGCAGCGCUGAGCAUAGCUAUGCGACGCUGAGAGAGAUGAUAGCCGGGUACACUGGGCUGGACAGCUCGGCGGUUCCCGCCAGCACAGCGCUCUCAGAUCUCGGCCUGGAUUCGCUGGCUUCGGUCGAGUUGGCCGAGCAACUCUCCUCCGUGUUUGGUGUUUCCGUUGACAGCAGCGAUUUGCCUGCAAGCACCUUGGACGAUCUCGCCCGGCAUCUCGGUCACUCUCCGUCGGCAGGCGGUCAGCAGCAUGCCAUGUCACGAGAGUCGUCACCCUUUCCGCCAGCGUUAAGAAAAAAUACGGCACCAUCCCUUGACCUCGCUGGUGACCGUGCAAAGCUGCUGGGAAUCUUGUCCGAGCUAUCAGGGGCUAAGACCGAGGACAUCACGCCCCAGCACGCGCUCGUCGACCUGGGCAUUGACUCGCUCUCUCUGGUAGAGCUGCAAGAGGAGCUGAGAAGCAGUUUCUCGGCCAACCUUGGCGGUGUCGAUGCGAGCUGCACGGUUCAGGACCUCAUGACCCAGCUGGGCAUUGCUGGGCCACCGACAAGCCAACGCAGCACUGAACCAGACGCGAGCAAGUUUUCCCCUGACGCCUCGACCGUCUCUGAGAAUGACACGGCAUGUCAUCAAGAGGGAGAAAUCACCCUGAGCAACCCCUUUGUCGCGCUGGAGUCGUCAGACGGCUGCUUCAACUCCUCGGCUACCAUACGGGGGUUCAAGAAUUACUGGCGAGAUGUUGCGCCACUUCAAGACGAGCUGACGGUUGCCUACAUAAUCGAGGCCUUUUCUGCCCUUGGUGUCAGUUUCAGACACAUCCCUCCCGGCGCCAGACUCCCAUCUCUUUCAAAUUCUGUGCUGGCGGACAAGUAUGGCAAAUUACUCGCAAGACUUUGGGAAAUCCUGCAGCAGCGCGAUAUCGUCUCAGUGGACUCCGAAGGGCAUCGGAUCCGCGGGCCAGCCUACAUCGAUGACUGUAUUCGCCGUAUUGACGACCUCCGGGUCAGCUUGGUGAAUCCAUAUUAUGAAUACAUCCCAGAAGCCAACCUAAUAAACCUCACCGGGCCGCGACUCGCCGACUGCCUAACCGGAAACACGGAUCCCGUCCAGAUCAUGUUUGGCAGCGCCACCUCGCUGCAAAUCAUGGAAACCUACUACAGUCAGUCGCCCAUGCUGUCGACAGCAACGCAACAGCUCGCCAUCUUUCUCACAACGUAUCUGAAGGACGCAGACACUCGGGGCCGACCCAUCCGCAUCCUAGAAGUCGGCGCCGGCACGGGUGGAACGACCAGGUGGCUCACAGAGGCUCUGCAAAUUGCCAACAUCCCGGUGCAGUACACCUUCACCGACAUCUCCCCGAGCCUUGUGUCCAAAGCAAAAGCCAAAUUCGCGCAGCAGCAUCCCUGGAUCGACUUCGCAGUGCUCGAUCUGGAAAAGCCCAUCCCAGCCCAGUUCAAGCACCGGUUCGACGUCGUGAUCGGGACCAACUGCGUCCACGCGACCACCGACCGGGCAGCGACGUGCCAGCGUCUCCGGGACACCCUUGUGGUGAGUGGUGGCGUCCUGGUCCUGUCUGAGGUCACCCGCGUCGUGGACUGGUACGACAUUGCCUUUGGCCUCUUGGACGGCUGGUGGGUGGCUGAUCAGGGCAGGCGCUACCCCCUGCAGCCGGCAGAGUACUGGAUGGACGCGUUCCGCAAGGCCGGGUUUGCGUCGGCGAGUUACUCGCGCGGUGACACGCCCGAGGCCAACACGCAGCGCCUGCUGGUGGCUUGUACCAAGGGCUGGCCUUGCUCUUAUGCGGGGACGUACGAUACUGAAAUCGCCCGGCCGCUGGCAGUGGCAGGGAAGACGAACAAGAUGGCAUACCGUCUGCUGACCAUGGUGUACAAAGAGGUGAAUGGCGUCAAGAUUCAUGCCGAUGUCUAUUUCCCUUCCGAGCCGACAGGGAAGGCCAUGCCAAUAGCACUGAUGAUCCACGGCGGGGGUUACAUGACGCUCUCCCGCAAAGCAAUCCCGCCGGCCGAGGUCCGCCAGCUGCUUGCGCACGGCUUCCUGCCCGUGAGCGUCGACUACCGGCUGUGCCCGGAGGUGGACAUGGUCGAGGGCCCCAUCGCCGACGUGUGCAGCGCCUACCGCUGGGCCAAGACCGACCUCCCUGAAGAGGCGGCCUUGUUCGGCCACGACGUGGACCCGACCCGCGUGGUGGCCGUCGGGUGGUCGACGGGCGGUCAUCUGGCUGUCUCGCUGGGCUGGACCGCGAGGGAAGCCGGGUUGGAGCCUCCGAAGGCGGUGCUCAGCUUUUGUGCGCCUUAUGAUUUUGAGUCAGGCGAGCUCGAAUCGUCGCGUCCGAGUCUGACCUCCCUCCCGGAUCGGAAACUGAAGCUGGAGAGCAUCUUAGAGAGAUUACAGUCCUCCCAACAAAUCACCGAACACCACCCUCCACAACCAACCACCACCCAUGUCCCAAGCGACAACAACAACCUCACUUUCCUCCGCGCAGGCGACCCCCGCUCGGAACUAGUCCUAUCCCUCUUUCAACAGGGCCAAGGGGGGAUCGGCCUGUCCUUACUCCUCCACGGUCUCCACUCCACCGCCAUCACUUCCAACCCUUCUUCAGUCAGAAGCACCGGCGGCAGCAGCAAACAGAGCAUCAUCGACGCCCUUCGCCACGCAGUCCCGUCUUCACAGCUAAUCGCGCGAGUGAGCCCGCUAGCCCGGGUGCGUGCGGGUGCGUACCGUGUCCCCACCCACGUGGUGCACGGUACGGCCGACGCCGUCGCGCCCUGUGCUGCUGCCGAAAGGUUUGUCGGUGUGCUGAGGGAGAGCGGGGUGCGGUGUGGGUUUAGUAGAAUUGUUGGAGGUGGGCAUAUGCAUCUUUGCACCACUAGAAGUGCGGGUGGUGGUGGUGGUGAUGAUAAUGAACAGGAGGACGAGGGGAGUCAGGCGAGUAGCAAAGAGUGGACAGAGGCGGUGGAGGGAGGGGUGAGGUUUUUGAUGGAGGAGGUUCAGCUUGCUGCGGUCCCGACAUUCUGCAAAUGCACCUGCUUCAAAAACAGCACCAUCAUCCCUCUCGGCCCGCAGCACGACAACAAUAACAACCCGGCGCCGCCGCCUCCCGCCUCAUCAUCAACCCCCUCCGAUCCAAGUAGCACCACUCUCGAACCCGACACGGCUACCCCCGCUGCUGGCCGCUCCUCCUUCCCCUUCCUCGCCGCCCGCGAGGCUUCUACAUCAUGCAAACAAUGCAACCGCGCCUUCUGCCUCAAGUACAACCUGCCCUUCUGCAAGGACGCCGAGGAAAAGGACAUUGUCACGAGCUGUUUCCAGCGCGACAGCGCCAAGGACCAGAUCAUCGUCUGGGGGUUCAUUCUCGGCACGGCGGGACUGCUCGGCUGGGCUGGGCUGAAGCGCGUCGUGGAGAAACAGCGUCAGCGGCAACAGCAGCCGCCUCGCGGGCUUGGUGGGGGAGGUAGGGAGGAGGUUAUUGGUGGCCGCGGUGGUAAUGGGAACGGUGAUCAUGAUGGUCGAGGGGGUACACGGUUGUGGAGGCGGGGAGGAGGGCUGGCUGGUGGGAGGGGGGAGUAUUUUCCCCUUGGGAGGGAGACGGAUGGUGGGGAUAUUGCUGCCGCUUCUCGCGGGGCUGGAUAGAAGGCAUAUACAUAGGCAUUUAUGUGAUGGGGUUUUGUCUUUCUGGCCGCGUUGGGUAGGUAUGAUUGUGUUCUGAGCUGUCUCGGCAAAGCCACGUGCGCUGAAGCAGUUGUAUCGACAACACAUGGACUCGGCGUGAACUUACUAUUACCUGACCGUGGUGUGGUGUUGGCACCCUGCGUAUGCGCCGAGCGGAGUUGAGGAAACAAAGUUCGGAAUUAGGAAACUGCUUUUGUCUAGUCGAGCCAACUUUUAUAUGCCGUUCCUCAUUGAGGAUGCUCGCUCGGUAUCACCCACCCAACUUUUGAGAACCUGCCCGUGAAUUAACCUUUGAAUAGC